CGUCACGAAGUUAUAAUGAUAAUACUUAUUUGGGGGGGCGAGGCAGCAGCCAACACCACGCCGGGCAAGUCUGCAGGCAUCAUGUCUCGCAGUUGCCCCACCAGGACCGCUGCCAUAAUUAAGAGAGGUGUCAGACGCACCUUCAGCAAAGAAACGCUGUUCAAAAGACUACCAAUCACAUCAUGGCUUCCCAAGUACAAUCUGGAAUGUUUUGAGGGCGAUCUGAUGGCUGGCUUCACUGUCGGCCUGACCGUCAUACCUCAGGGCAUAGCCUAUGCUGUCGUGGCUGGCCUACCACCCAACUAUGGCUUGUACUCAUCCUUCAUGGGGUGCUUCAUGUACUUGAUUUUUGGCAGCUGUAAGGACAUCACCAUUGGGCCCACAGCUAUCAUGGCCAUUAUGACUCAUGAGUAUUCAGGCAAUGGUGGCCCCGACUUCGCUGUAUUGUUGUGUUUCCUCACUGGCCUCAUAAUUCUUGCUGCUGGAUUUUGUAACUUAGGUUUUCUUAUCAACUUCAUAUCCAAACCAGUAAUAUGUGGGUUUACCUCUGCGGCAGCCAUAACCAUCGCUUCUUCACAACUCAAAGGCUUGUUUGGCUUGUCAUAUUCAAGUGAUGGAAUUAUAGAAACUUAUAAAAAUCUUUUUAAACAUAUUGGAGAGACAAGAUGGCAGGAUUUAACCCUUGGAAUUUCUACUAUUAUAAUUUUGCUUCUAUUAAGGAAACUGAAAGAUUUGAAAGCAGUAAAAGUUCAGGUGAAUGACGAGAUGAAAACUAGAAUUUGGAAAAAGUGUGUAUUUUUACUCUCAGUUGGUCGCAAUGCUAUAGUCGUCAUUAUAGCUCUAAUAAUUGCCUACGCACUUGACCAUCACCAGCCCUUCAUAAUAACAGGAGAGGUACAACCUGGUUUACCAGCUUUUAAGGUGCCUCCAUUUUCUACAGUUAUCAAUGGCACUAAUUUAACUUUUAGUGAUAUGGUGUUAGACGUUGGGUCUGGGAUUGCAGUCAUCCCACUUAUAUCCAUCAUAGAAAGUAUUGCUAUUGCCAGUGCUUUUUCUGGUGGCAAAACUAUUGAUGCCACACAGGAAAUGUUUGCGCUGGGAUUUUGCAACCUCGUCGGAUCCUUUGCUCAGUCAAUGCCAGUAACCGGAUCGUUCACUCGAACUGCUGUCAAUGCUACAAGUGGUGUCAAAACUCCUGCAGGAGGCAUCGUAACCGGCAUACUGGUUAUAUUGGCCCUGGCUUUCCUUACAGCAUACUUCAAGUUCAUUCCAAAGGCAUCACUUGCAGCCGUCAUCAUCUGUGCUGUAAUAUUCAUGAUAGAGUACGAUAUUGUUGUCCCAGUUUGGAAAGCAAGACGCCUGGACGAAUUGACUCUGUGGGGUUCAUUCUUAUGCUGCCUGUUUUGGAAGCUUGAAUAUGGUAUCCUAGUUGGAGCAGGCAUUAAUCUGGCAAUUCUUCUCUUUGGUAUUGCAAGACCAAAAGUUAAAACAGACAUCAUCAAGAAACAGGAUGGAGAUGAGCCUGCCUAUGUGGUAGUUGAGCCAACUAAUGGUUUGUUCUACCCAUCAGUGGAAUAUGUGAGAGCAACAGUGAGUAAAGCUGGUCUGACUACAGGCCAAGGAAGUUUGACAGUGGUUGUGGACUGCAGUCAUUUUACUGGAAUAGAUUUCACCGCAGCCAAGGGACUCGGGAGUCUAUGUUUGGACUUCGAGAAACGCCAACAAAAUUUGGUCUUCACAAAUGUUCCACCUAGUGUGAAGAAGGGACUCCAGUCCAUUAAUGAAGAUAUCAAGAUUGCCACAUCACCAGAUGAACUACACAGCCUUCUCAGAUCAGACUUGAUGGAUCCUGUUGUGAAUGGUAAUGCUAGCCACCAUGAUACUCACAUCUGCAUCAUCGAUACUUCCUUGGAAAACAGCAUGAAUUAUUCCGUUAAGCCUGCAUAAACAGUAUCUUAUUUACCAGUAUUUUUAAUAUCUUGUUAAGAAAGUGUUUUAUUAUCAUCGGGUAUAAGAAUACUCAUGAUUUGCCAGGUGCAGCAUGGAUUCCAGUAUGUUAGUGUUUGUCUCUGCAUAAUGGAGGGCUAAUGGGCAAGUCAAUUUUGUUUGCGUAAAAUACUCUGAAAAUUUAACCAUUACUCGUUUACCAUCUGUCACUCUGAUUUUCUGGGUGUUAAGAAUGAUCAGUAGCAUUGUGCAUGAAAUCUUUCCUAAAACAGAAAAAGUUAAAGCUGCUUCUACAUUAACCACCUAGUAUUUCUUUAGUGUUAUAAUGCAAAAAUGUACAAUACAUUUCUAAAAUUUAAACCAAGUUAAGACAGGUAUUAUUCAUUAUUUGAGCUUGUAUAAAAUAAUUUAACGUUUGUAAUAGCAAUGAAGUUGGAUAACGUAAGGACACACAAUGCGGUGCAGUGGUGGUACACGUGUUCACACCACCAGCUAAGGUAAGACUUAACAUGACCUGCAGCAAGGGAAAGUACUAAGCCUGCUGACAUGUCAGAAGUUCUCUACACCUGUACCAUCCUGUGUAAAAAAAGAUGAAAUACCAUGAAGCCUGUCAUAUAAGGUUGGCCAAGUAGAGCAGUAGAAGAAAGAGUAGAAGCAGACAUCAAGAACGAUAACAUAUGACUAUAAGAAGUUAACAUCUAAAAGACAAACAAUUCUGUAAACAACAUAAUUAUGUUUACUGUAAAGUGAUCAAAGAUAUUUUAAAUUUUAAGAAAUUUCUUGAUUCUUUUCAUAAUGGCCAAGAUGUUCAGUACUAUGAUCUUAGCAAACCUUUAGGUUCUUAGACUUUUCACACAACCGUCAUGCGUUAAAAUGCAUCUAAAAAGAGUGCUUGGCCUAAAGUGUUGUCUGAAAUAUUGAAUGCUAUGAUGAUCUAUUAAGUAUACUAAUGUUACCAAUGUACAUAUCAACCUUGUAGCAUUAUGAUGUGCAUUAUUUAUAAAUGUAAAGAUGUUUUAUUGUCUCAGAUGAAACAUUAAAGUAUUUCCACAUCACAGUUCAACUAUGAUAAACGAAGCCAAUAUGUUCUGCAAUGCGAGUGUGGGCAGACUAGGGACAUUACUGACACAGGGUUGCCCCUAUGAAAAGAAUUUAUAAUGAACUUAAUAUCCAAGCCUUUGACGUGUAUAAAUACGAUUUAUUGUAGAUUGCUCUAAAGUAAUGCAAUUCUUGAGUAACUCUGAAGACUUUUUUUUUAGCAUGACUCAAUAAUUUUAGUUCAGUCAUUUGUUAUGCACCCUAUACCCAUCCUGUGGGCAGUGGUGAACCCAGUACCCAUCCUGUAGGCAUUUGUGGAUCUCAUACCAUCCCGUGGGCAGCGGUAUUCUAUCUUGAGGUUAUCUUGAGAUGAUUUUGGGGCUUAGCAUUCCCCGUGGCCCAGUCCUCGACCAGACCUCCUUUUUGUUACACAUCCCCAGGAAGCAGCCCGUAGCAGCUGUCUAACUCCCAGGUACCUAUUUACUGCUAGGUGAACAGGCACAUCGGGAUGAUAGACACUCUGCCCAUUUGUUUCCGUCUCCGCCGGGGAGCGAACCCGGAACCUUCGGAGCAUGAAUCCCAAAAGCUAUCAACUCUCAGGCCUCUCCCAGCCGUUAGGCUACCAGUGGUAGUGGAUAGCCCAGUGAUUCAUCACUGCCCAUCCCAUGGGCAGCGGUGAAUCUCCUACCCAUCCUGUGGGAAGUAGUGGCCCCAUGCCCUUCCCAUGCGAGUUGGUGGAAAGAGUACACAGGCACAUAAUGGAUUCAGGCACUGAACCACAGUUUAUUUAGCUAAGCAACUAAGAAUUUUGUGGAGCUAGUUUAAAAGAACUGUUUUGUAACUUUUGUAACUUCAUUGACUGUUAGGAAUAUGCCCAGUAUUGUUUAGUUUUCUCCUUUAGUUCUAUAAUUAACAUUCACUCAAUAUUUCUACUAUUUAAUUCACUGAAUGGGGAAAAAAUUGGGAUGUAAUGUUAGUGUUGUUGAAGACGGAACACGGCUGCGAGGAAGGGCAGCUACUUGACUCUUCACAUGGUUGUGCCGUGGGUGUAAUUUAUUUAUUUUAUAUCCUGAUAUGUGCAAGACUACAAAUAAAUCUUUAGUUAAGUUGUAAUGGAAUAUAAUGAAUCUUGUGAUUAAUUUUGAGGUAAAAUAAGUAAUUUAGCAAUUUAGUCACAUCUAAGUACUUUACCUUCAGUGCAUGCUAUAAUAUGUAUUGUAUUAAUGAAUGUUAUUUAUUGUAAAUCAUUUAAAUAAACAUUAUUUAAAUAUUGUA